GAGAGAAGACACAUCUAUUAGAACCAGAUAAUACAUAAGUGAUUAAUACUCUCACAGUGACAAUGUGAAUUAGUGUUACUAAUAAUGUGUUAUUGUUAAUUGUUACUUCUAAGCUUCUACUUUUACCAUCAAGUAAACAAUGACAUAACUAGCUGAGUAUCUUUCACAUAAUGGGACACUGAGAGACAAUGUGUUGUGGGAACAUGACUGACUGUUUACUCUCAGGUGUAACACUGCAGAGGAUGUUUGCCAGAUGCUAGUUUGAGUCUUUACUAUGGCAACAUCAUGAGAGAUGACUGUUGACAUUAAAGACCUUAAAUUAAUUUAUGUUUACAUGGUAUAACUGCUGCAUGUUUGAAGGCUUAACUCUUGUCUGACUUGCUUGAUUAUGAAUCCUGCUUCACGGGCAGGAGACAGGGAAAGAGUGGGGGGAGCUUAUUGGUGGAGAGCAGCGGUGGCCGGCCUAUAAAUACUCAUGAGAGCGCAAAGACGAGACCAGAACUGGCUGCUGGUGCCACCGCGGGACUCAGGAACUCAGGGGUCUUGGGGGUCACACACACAUCAGUCCAGCAUGCCUCUUUCAGGGCGUCCCAACACGGUCCGGCUGGUGUUCCUCGGGGCGGCGGGGGUCGGUAAGACCGCGCUCAUCCACCGUUUCCUCCACGACCGCUUCGAGCUCAAGUACACGCGCACGGUGGAGGAGCUUCACGUGCUGGAGUACGACACCGCAGGGUCCGGCAGGAUGCGCCUGGAGAUCCUGGACACCAGCGGGAGCUACCCCUUCCCGGCCAUGCGGGAGCUCUGCAUCCGACACAGCGACGCCUUCGCCCUGGUGUACGCGGUGGACGAGCCCGGCUCCCUCGAGGAGGUGCGGCGGCUCCGUGAGGAGAUUCUGGAGCUGCGGGGCGAGAAGGGCGCGCCCAUCACCGUGGUCGGCAGCAAGUCGGAUCUGACCGAGUCCGAGGGGCGCGUGCUGCUGGCGGCUGACGUCAUGGCCACGGUGGAGGGGGACUGGGACGCCAACUUCGUGGAGGCGUCCGCGCGCACCGGUGGGAACGCGGUCGGAGUGUUCCGCGCGCUGCUGCAGCAGGUGGACCCGCCGCACCGGCUGAGCCCCGCGGUGUGCAGGCGCAGAGACACGGCGCCCGCACCAGCUGUCAAGAAGAGACCCCCACUGAAGAAACACAACAGCUGUGUCCUGUCGUAAGACCAGGUUCCGUUUGUUGGUGGACGCUGCAGCUGGACUGCACCUGUUCAGGUGUUGCUGGUCAUCACAGUACUCUACCUGUUGGACAGAAGAUCCCGUAUGAACCAAAUAAAAUGUUACUGUCAAUGAAAGUCAUGACAGUCACGGUACUUAUAGUUUAAUGGGACCGUUGAUCGGUUUAUACAGGUCGACCUUUUGAUGUGUACAUUUUUUUUAAUCUUAUGUUAAUAAACUACUUUAUAGUGA